AUCAAAACAAAAACAAAGCAGCACCAUUGGCACCACACAUCACCUGAAUUACCUGAAAGCAUUAAACCUGCAUUAAACAUUAAACCAAGCAUAAACUUAAAUUUUUGCAACUUGAGGUUGACAAACCGAAAUAAUUAUACAUAUAUGUAAUGCAGUUUUUAUUUGAAAUUCUAAUUGACGUUGCAAGUCUUGUGUCUUCCUUUUACGACUUUGCUAUCAAUGGUGUGAACUAGCGAAAAAGCUUAAACAUGAUGCGAAAACAAGAACUAAACAGUUUACGGUCCCCUUCUUCACUUGAUUUUGACGUCGAUGUUGGCAGCAAAGUAUUUGCAAAACUCAAAGGUUUUCCGUCAUGGCCUGCAAGGGUUGAAUAUAUUCAUGUAAACAAAACGGACUCUGCUCAAAACAAAUAUGUCGUUAGAUUCUUUGGGACACAUCAAGUAGCCACCGUGAAAGCAUUAAACCUUGCUGAGUUCAGUAAGAUGGUCAGUAUAACUAAAACCUUCAGCAUACGCAAGGGACUUCGGGAAGCUCUGAAGGAGGCCGAAAAGGAACCGGACUUUCCACCAGAAACUGAAAAGAAGCCUAAAGAAAAAGCAGUUGAAAAGAAAAGCACCAGACGUGUGGAUGCAUUAGAAAAUCUUAUUGGAAGAGAUGACGAGAUAAGAGAGAUUCUUAGAAGAAUUGAGCUGACUUCCGGGGAGAUCUCGGAGGAUUCCUGCGAAGAAUUUUCAGACAAGGAUGAAUGUGAAGAUAGCAGCUCCGAAGAGGAAAGUAAUGAGGUCCUGUUAAUGGAAUUAGUUCGAACCUGUGCAGAACGCUACAAAUUGCCUGAUGCUCUUGAAAAGCUGAAAGAACAAUUGGACGCCAAAGUUAACAAAAUACACAAUGUUUGGUCUCAAGAACAGCUGGAGGAACUCAUCAGGAAGGAGCAAAGCAAAAUUCCAGCAAAGGAAAAGAAAAGAGUCUCAAUUGGAAAUGAGAAAGAGAAGAAAAAAGAAAAACGGACAUUGAAAUCAGGCAAGGUUGUUAAAAAGAGGGCGGCAAAGGAAUCCAAAUUGGUAGUCACAAAGGCGAAACUUAACCAAGUUAACCGUGAAGAAGGACAAAGUCAACUUGUUGAAUGCAACGUCCCAAUUAUUAAAACUGAACCAGCCUUUGAAUCGGAAGAGGUCGAAAACUCGCUGCCCCAAAUCGAAGAUCCAGACGAUCCAACGCAAAAAGUUUAUUUCACCAAAUACUACUCAAAUAAGGAUAUUAGCAGGAUGAAGAAAAUACUUAAGAUUGCCGAUAAUCCCUACUUCAGUUACAUCCUAAAACUGAUUGCCAAAUACUCGCCAGAGUACCUCAAGAAAAAGUAUGAAAAAACAGAAGAGGCUUUCAUCCAAAUGUCUUGGCAAAUUGCUCAACUGAUGCAGUUGAGCAACGAAGAACACAAAACAAAAGAGGUAAUCGAACUCCUCAAGAAAAUGAUACAACUGGACAUCUACAAGAUCAUGCUUUAUAAAAAUACUAGAGAGAUGAUGAUCAUAUUCAUGCUGACCAAAUACGUUGGUCAUCCAAAGAGGCAUCUUCUUCCUGAGAAACAAUUAGCCGAGAUAGAAACUGAUGCAGAGGAUAUUAGGAACUUGGCUUCCCUUAUUUUUGACAAAUUUAAGAGAGCGAUUUUAGACCUUCCUCCUGGGACCAGUUGCCUGAUCAAAGGCCUUGCAUCUGAAAUGAACCACAGAAUUUAUGAAAUCAUCCGAGAGAAGCAAAACAUUGUCGAAGAGCUUGUUAAAAUAAAUAACGACCAGAUUUUGCAGCUCCAUCAAGAGACACAUGCAAUCUACAUGACAGAAACAGAAUACUACCGUUGGUUGGAUCUGAAAUCAGAGCAGCUGGCUAAACACGGGAUAGACGGAUCAAAAUAGCUGAUCGGCAAGGCAGUUGCAUGAGCAAGACAAAUUACGGGACGCUUUUUAUUUUAUAUUUAAAUCAAUCAAAAGUCGCAUCUUUAAAGUUUUAAAAUUAUUGUUCAAUGCUAAAAACAAGCAGAAUACAGGUAUAAUGCAUUUUUCCAGGAAUGCAUAGUAAAUAUGUUAAACGUCCAAUGUUAAACCGGCCAAAAUAUUAAAAAAUAAGUGUGAUUGUUCAAAGAGCUAUGUUAAAUUGUGACACACUUGUGAGGAGUUUGUUUAUUCCAAAAGUAUUAUAUUUUUAGCCAAAUCAAUUUUAAUGGGAGAUAUUAUAAAUAUUUUAUCAAUUAAGUCGUAUUGAUCCAAUAGUUAUUUCAAAUUUCCGCAAAUUUCCUUUGUAGAGAGAGGGAUAUGUACUUUUCCGUUGACCAUAAUUUUUAAUAUUUGAUUUUUGUAAUUCAUUUUUUUUUAUUACUAAAUAAAGAGCCACAAAUUU